AUGAUUGGCUCCAUUACACCAGAUCACACGAAUCAGGACAUUGCCGAUGCGAAGAGCUUAGGUCUUGAUGCUUCCGCACUGAAUCUAGAUUCUUUAGACUCAUGGGCCACCGACACCGUUGGGCAUCUGUUCGACCAGGCUGACGCUUCCGGCUUCGGACUAUUCUUCUCAUUCGACCACAAUCACUUCACUCACCCCUCUGAGUAUAUAGAUUACCUGACCCCCUUUCUCGCGCGACCGUCCUAUUUUAAAUACAACAACAAGCCCAUUGUAUCCACCUUUAAUGGCGAGUCCGUCUCCAACGAUGAAUGGACCUCAUUUAAAGCCGCCGCAGGCGACGUUCUCCUCAUACCGGGGUUCUCCACCGCGACACCCAGUCCAGACUUCUUCACCCCCCGUAGCGCUGUCGAUGGAGUGUUCAACUGGAACUCUUGGCCUGAUAGCUCAGCAGGAAAGGUAGACGUAUCGGAUGCGGAUGAUGCGACAUAUCUUGCUGCCGCCCACAGCCAGAGUAAGCUCUUCAUCAUGGGAGUCUCGCCUCUGCAGUUCAAGCAUAUCGAUUCCAGCCAGAACAACUGGUAUCGUCGUGGCGAGGGAAACCUCGAAGUGCGCCUCGAACAAGCGCUCAAUCUGCAGCCGGACAUGAUCGAGCUGCAGACAUGGAACGAUGCUGGUGAGAGUCAUUACAUGGGAAAUUGGUGGGAAGAUCCGAUUCAAGGCACUCCGAUCUUGGACUAUGUCAGGGAAUAUGACCAUAAAGGUUAUUGGAACAUUCUAGGUCCAUUCAUCCAAGCGUGGAAACGGGGUGAUACCACGACGUCAGGUAUGGUACCAAGCAUGAAGGACGUGCAGGGAACGUUUUGGCAUCAUACUCUUACGGUGAACGCCGAUUGUGGUUCUGACGGCUUCGGAAAGCCUAGGGACUUCGAAAAUGCUGAGGAUGCUGUUAGCGGCAUUGUACUCGUCGCCACUGGAAAGACUGGAUUUGUUGCCCUCGUAAAUAACGGUGAUCGGGAGCUAGGGGCGAUCGACCUUGUCGAAGGGUUCAAUAAGUUCAAGGUGGAAGGAUUGAGUGAUGGGCAAGUGAGCGUCAAGAUUCUGGAUGACAGUGGCGCGACAUUGGUAGAAGCAUCUGGCCCGCUCGAAGUGUCCAGUUCUGCUACGCUGUGUAAUUACAACUUUCAGGUCAUCGGGUUUUGA